AUGAAGGCAAAAAAUGAUAGAAAAACAAACGUUGAAGAAGUUAUGAGUAAUUAUUUAAUUACUCUUAGUAAUAUAUAUAAAGAUAAAAAUAUUAAUAUAGUAAAUGUGAAUGAAAACAAUGAAAAAACAAUUUGGAAACCAAAUAAUUUUAGAAUGGAAUUAUUAAAGAAAGAUGUAUUUCCAACAAAAAAAGAUAAUAGUAAUGAUUUAUUAGAUUUAGAAAAAAGUUUACAUAUUUAUUAUGAAGAAAUAAUGAAUUGUAUUUUCACAAAUAAAGAAAAAGAAAUUUAUAUGCAUAUUAAAAGGAUCAUAAAAAAUGAAAAAAAUUAUUGCGAUUUUGAAUCCAAUGAAUAUCUCUAUUGCUAUUUAUUUAUUUUAGCAAUAAAAAAAAUGUUUCAUGAUUUAGUUUUAGAGAAAAAAACAGAGCAUUUGAAAAUAUAUAAAAAUAAAAAUACAUUAGAAGAAAAUGAAAUGGUUUAUUAUGAAAUAGAUAAAAAUAUUAAUAAUAACAAUAAUAAUGAUUUAAUUAAAGAAAAUAUAAUAGAUUAUUAUAAGAUAGAUGAAAAUAAUAGUAAUAAUACAAUAAAAGAAAAUGCAGAGAAAGAAUAUGAAAUAGAUAAAAAUAACAUAGAUUUAUAUAAUGCAGAUAUUAACAAUGUUGAUAAGAACAAUGCAAAUAGUAAUGAAAAAUUUAUAAGAAAAAAAGAUAAAAAUACAGUAGAAGAUAAUUACGACAAUUUCAAUAAAAAUUAUUUUGCAUUAUUAUUUGAUAAAUUAAAGAAUAAUAAGUCUUAUUGGUUAAUACCUCUUAGCGUUGUUUCUAGUAUUUAUAUAUAUUAUAAAAUGAGGACUAAAGUUUCUUCUCUGUUUUAUAAUUAUUAUAUGAACAUAUCAAAAUAUUUAUCCAAUCUGUUUAUAUGCAAUACUGAAAAAGUGAUAUUCAAAGGAUAUAGUCAUUUUUUUAAUAAUAUAAAUAAGCAUAAUAUAAAAACAAUAGUGUUUAAUCCAGUUAAUAAUACAUUUAGUUACUUAUUGAAUAAUAAAAUUUCAAAAAACACUAACAUAAUUAGCCAUAAUGGAAUAAACAGUAAUGGAGAAAAUAAUAAUGUAUAUGCAAUAUAUUAUAAUGACUAUAUAAUGAAAUAUUUAUUGAAAAACAAAUGUUAUGAAAAUAUAGAAAUUACAUUAGAUGAAAAAGUAUUAAAAUUGCCAUUUCUUGAGACAGUUAAAAAAAAUUUAUUUGAUUUAGUAACAUAUACUUUCUCUAUCUUAACAUUCUAUUAUAUUUAUGAAAAAAAUAUUUCGGCCUCAAAAAUAGAUUAUUCAUUCGAAAAAAAAGAAAAAAUAGAAUCACUUAAUGAAAUAAUAUUAAAUAAUGAAACAAAAAAAGAAAUUAAAACAAUUUUAUUUUUUUUGCUAUAUCCAAAAAUUUUUGAUGAUUCUGUCAUGUAUAAUACAAUCUUAUUUUCAGGAGAAACGGGAACUGGAAAAAGUUUACUUGCUAAAACAAUUGCAAAAGAAUUAAAUUUUGAUUUUUUACAUUUAUCUGGUUCAAGCUUUAUAGAAUUAUAUAUAGGAAAUGGUGCCUCUAAAAUAAGAAGCUUAUUUAAAAAAGCAAAAAAAAAAAAGAAAUGCAUUGUUAUAUUUGUCGAUGAAAUAGAUAGUGUUGGUUUAAGUAGAAGUAUGAAUGACAUAUGCAAUCAAAAUCAGGAAUAUACUCAAACUCUAAAUCAGUUAUUAAUAGAAAUAGAUUCAUUACACGAGUAUAACAAUUUACAAUUAUUAUAUGAAAAUAGCAAAAAAAAUAACAUUUUUAAUACUUUAAAAAAUUUAUUUUUAGAAAAAUCAAAUAAUGAAAACGAAAAUUUAAAUGAAAAAGAUGCUUAUGAGAUAUUUCAGUAUUAUUUAAAUAACAAUUUAAGUUUACUAGAAGUAGAAGAAAUAUUUAAUUUAAAGAAAUACCGAAGAGAAAGUUUUAUUUUAUUUAUUGGUGCAACUAAUAGAUACAAAAUGUUAGAUUCUGCUUUAGUUAGAUCAAAAAGAUUUGAUAAGAUUAUAUAUUUUCAUCUUCCUAAUUUUAAUACACGUAAAAAAUUAUUUGAGUUUUAUAUAGAAAAAUAUACGAAGAAGAAAAAUAAUAAAAUAUAUAAUAAUAGUAAUAAUAAUAAUAAUAAUAAAAGUAAUAUAAAUAAUAGCAUAAAUAAUUAUGAUCUAUUUAAAUACAGAAUAAAUAAUAAUUUUAGUUCUAUUCAUUUUAGUAACAAUCAAAAAUAUAAAAAUUUAUUUAAACUAACUAAUCAAAAAGAAGACUACUUAGAUAAUAUUGAUAUAUUUACUUUAUCAUUAUUAACAUUCAUGUUCAAUUGUGCCGAUAUAGAUCAAUUAAUCUAUUCUUCGAGAUUAAAUAUUUUAACAAAGCAUGAUUUUAAUAAAAUAUAUAAUAUUAAUAAUAUAGUUAUGGAAAAUCUAAACACUUUAUUACAUAAAAAAUUUUCUUAUGACAAUCAUCUAGAAAAAAUAUUAUAUCAAACUGAUUAUGAUGAUUUAUCUUCAUCCUCUUCAAAAUUAUUUAAUUGUUCUGAUAUUAAUUAUGAUAAUUAUCUAAGUAAGUUUAUAAAUUAUUGUAAUAAUGCAUUAGAAAAAAAAAUUAAUGAAGAUAAGGAGCUUACAUUUGAUGAUUUUUUAUUUUUUUUUGAUUUUAAACAUAUGAAAGUAAAAAUAUGGGAUGAUAUAACUAUUUUACAAAAUAAUCUAUACGUUAAUAAUUGUUAUACUAAUCAAAAUAAAGAAUUUCAACUUUGCUUGUUAUGGAAAUCUAUUGAAUCCUUUUUUAUAAAUUUAUAUAUAAAUUAUAAAAAUGUAAAUUAA